GCUGUAGUCGGACAGUAGUAAAAAAAUGGUUGUCAUGAAUUUCAGCUAGCUAGCCACCGACAACUGUCAGUACACUAGAGUAAAACCAUCCAUGUCAAGACACAAGAAGGAUUUUCGAAGUCUUGUGCCGCUUCUGUGUACGUAUAGGGGCACGCCAGCCUCCGUACCAACCUACUGUGAACCGAUUCAGCUGGCUCAGUGACUAGACCAAAAGGCUUUGGCACCAUUGUGUGCCAGUUGAGUGCAAGACCUUUAGGAUUUCUGAAUCCAGAAGAUGAACGGUCUGUCCAUACGAGAGCUAUGCUGCCUCUUCUGCUGCCCCCCUUGCCCCAGCCGCAUUGCAGCCAAACUGGCUUUCCUCCCCCCAGAGCCCACCUAUGCUCUUCUCCCUGACCCAGAUCCAAGUUCUGGAGCUGGAGCUGCUUCUGGGUCUAAUCCCGCGGCUGCUCUCCCUUCUCUUGGAGCUCCUGGACUGCGUUCCCGGCUGAGCACUACUAGUGGUGGUGACAGGGGAGGUGGAGGAGGAGGAGGAGGUGGUGGUGGGGGUGGGGGAGGAGGAGGAGGAGGAGCAGCAGCAGCAGGAGGAGGAGCAGGAGCAGGUGGAGGAGUUGGUGGCACCAGCACCGGAAGCAGCAGUGGUGGUGGAAGUGAGGGCAGGUGGAAGCUACAUCUCACAGAGAGAGCGGAGUUUCAAUACUCGCAGAGGGAGCUGGAUGUAACGGAUGUAUUCCUGACCAGGUCCAGCCGAGGGAACAGGGUUGGGUGUAUGUACAUUCGCUGUGCUCCCAAUGCCAGGUUCACAGUGUUGUUUUCCCAUGGUAAUGCAGUAGACCUGGGCCAGAUGAGCAGCUUCUACAUCGGCUUAGGCACACGCAUCAACUGCAACAUCUUCUCGUAUGAUUACUCAGGCUACGGUGUUAGCACUGGCAAACCCUCUGAGAAGAACCUCUAUGCUGACAUCGAUGCUGCGUGGCAUGCCCUGCGCUCCCGGUAUGGCAUCAGCCCUGAGAAUAUCAUCCUGUAUGGACAGAGCAUCGGCACGGUGCCCACAGUAGACUUGGCGUCACGGUUUGAGUGUGCUGCUGUGGUGCUCCACUCUCCUCUCACAUCUGGCAUGAGAGUGGCCUUCCCUGACACCAAGAAAACGUACUGCUUUGAUGCCUUCCCUAACAUUGAGAAGGUGUCAAAGAUCCCAUCUCCAGUUCUCAUCAUUCACGGUACAGAGGACGAGGUCAUCGACUUCUCUCACGGCCUCGCCCUGUUCGAGCGCUGUCCCAAGGCCGUGGAACCCCUCUGGGUGGAGGGAGCCGGCCACAACGACAUUGAGCUUUACAGUCAGUACCUGGAGAGGCUACGGCGCUUCAUCAACCAGGACCUGGCUGCACAGCACGCCUGAGAACAACAAACAACAGCCUCUCCGCGUUUGUGCGAAUGAGUCCGCGUGUGGCGCGUGUGCAUGCACGUGUGUGGAAAAAGAGUACGUUUGCAUGUUUGAGUGAGCGUGAGUGAUGUUUAGGCCUAAAAAAAAAAAAGGAUGUGUGAUUUUUGUCACAUCUGUGUGUCUUUGAAGCAGCACACCUUCAGGUUAAACACAAACACAACCCAUGUUCUGUUUCCGGUUUUAAAGGUGAGAACAUGUUUUAAUAUUUCAUUAGCUGUAUCCAUCCGUGUGGUGGGUCGGUGAAACACUACAAACGAGAAAGGAGCUCGAACAACUUGACAAAUGCAGUUUUUAACGUGGGAAAAGUGAUGAAGUGCAGCUUUAAAAUGUGUUCAUUGAGAACUACGUCAACGUGCUG